UUUAAUAAUAAAAUGUCCGAUAAUUAGCAAUCGUCUGAAAUUCCAGAAUAACAAGUCUAAGAUUCAACACUUCAAUAAGACCAACCUCAAGAAUCAAAGGUUCUCAAUACCUGGGCUAGAUCUUCUAAAGAUCUCAUAGAUAAAUAUAAAAAUAAGUUUGAUGCCUUCAAAGCCAUGGCAUUCCAAGCAGGUUACAACGACCCAACCCAAUAAACAAUCAAAAUUGAAACCAAUAUCAUAUAAGUUAGUCAAGAUCAAAAAACCACUGCAUAAGAAAAUGUAGUGGCACCAAAUCCAAUAGAUGAUAAUCCUAUUGAAAUUCCAUCGGUUAAUCUAUAAUAACCAGAAUCUCAAGAAAUUUAGGAUUAAUAGACUACUAUUCAAUAGACUGUAGAAUAGAUUGUCUUGGAAUAGCCAAAACAAUCAAUUUAACAUAUUGACAUUCCUUACAAAUAAGAACCAAUUAAUUAAUCCGUUGAUUCUGUUAAAUAUGAACUGAAGCCAACUGAUUAAAUUUAUAAUGAUCUAUUUCCUUAAAAAUAGGAAAUAUAAUUAUCCCAAAAGAAACUAGAAGACUUUUUGAAUAUAGAAUUUGGGUCCAAACACUAAGACCCGAUAGAAUAGAAACCACUUGCCAAUCCAGAUCCACCAGUCGUCACCAAUACUUAUAUUGAAUUGUUAGACUAAUUUAAGAGUGCCACUACAUUGGAAGAUCUAACUGAUUUAUUCAAUAGAAGAACUCCUUUCAAAGAAAGAAACAAUCAAUAAGAUCUUCCAUUAAAUAAUAAUGUCAAUAAUAGUACUGUUAAUGGGGAUGAAAAUUCAUAUUUUAAACAAAAAGUUAAAUCCAUUGACAAUUUGUUAUAACAAUUCAAGACUCCCAACAAAUUAAAUCAGGAAGCUUUACUAGAGAGUGGGAAGAAUGGAGGAACCUAUCUCAACUCUCAGGUUCCACAAGUUAACAUUAAAUUGUCUAAUGGCAAAUCCCCAAAUGCAAGGUUUGGAUUUAUAUAGGCAAGUCCCUCUUCCUAAUUUCUUGGAUCAUCAGGUCAAAAAACCAAAAAAGAGAAUACUUAUCUCAAUGUGAAAGUCUAACAGAACAUGAAUUUCACAGUUGAAGUUAAGGAUAAUGUGAAACCUUAAAAAAGAAAAGAUGAAUUGUCAACCUUUAUGGGUAAAUUGGGUUUGGGUAAAUAUGAAGCACCUAAAGUAACUAUUAACUUGGAUCAAUAGAAUGGAUAAAGUAAUCAAAUUAAUUAUUUUUAGAUGCCUUUGAUAGAUUAAAACACUAUGUCAAUAAUAUCGGUAAUACAAGUGCAAAGAGAGCACCAAGUUCAGGCCUUGAUGAAUUAGUAAAUGACAAAUCGUUUAACACUUGCACUUUUAAAUAAUAAAUGAAGGCCUAUAAAAAAGAUAGAGGAGACAGAGGAGAAUCCUCUUAAAGAACUGGAAUCUCUGUAGAAAAUCCAAUGUUGCAGGAUUAAUCAUUUAAAAAUCUGCAUCUCAAACUACUACACCAUCAAAGAGCAAACUCUUAAGUUGGAAAAACUGUCAGAAUUUGA